AUGGACAGUGAUACCGCCUUUCUCACUCCAGUAACUAAAUCUACGAUUUUUGCCGGCACGAAGCUACGGGCUAUAGCCACUCAGCCUGAAAUCACAAGCUUUAGGUUUUGGGUGAAGCUUUGGAUGACAACUAAUGAAAUUGCUCUAGGAUUGCCGUUUGUUGCUGAUUUCAUGACUUAUUUCCCUGUAUAUAUAUACCGGGACACCUUUACACACUGCAGAGAAUACUUACUGAAAAGAUUUAACUCAACUGAUCUUGAAGAAGUGUUUCCCAAGUUCUUCGAGACGAACGGGGCAGAAGUCCUGCGAUUAUCCCCUGUCAACGUUGUUCUCAAUUAUGCUUGGUAUUUUGAAAGAGAUCGCUACGACUGGAGUUUCGAGAUCACCAGGAAUCUAACAAAAUACAAUGAAAAGUUCCUAAAAGGCUAUGCCAUUGGACCUGAAUAUUUAAGAACGAUACUGGCGGAACCUCAAACAGCCUUCCAUUCAAUGAAAACAAAGGGAAUGUGGAUAUGGUCAAAGAUUCUUAUCAGUUACUGCUUGUCACACCGAGCGGCGGGAAAUACUACGGUAGAUAUAUGCACCAAUCAUAUGCCUAACGCGGCUUUCAAGGAUAAUUUUCCUCUUUUUAACUAUGAUCUUCAGUUUAUUACAAAUCCUCUUAGAUCCCCUUGCAAUGCCGGCAACAAUAGCUUUACCUGCCUGCGAAUCCUAGAGCGUCAUUAUAACCAAGUUGGUCUUGAGAUUAAACAAGGGCGUAAGUUGGAAUGGCGCAAUAUAGAAACGGUUGAACAGAUUGCUAAGAACUCUGGUAUAACAUGUAAUCCAAUUUACAAUUAG